UUUGCGCCAAAAAUCUUUAAGUAAUAUAACUAGUUUCCAGGUAUAUUAAAAAAAAUUACAAGUCCAACGAUCACACUAAACUUCAUCUAAUAAGGUAUCGAGUGGGAGUCAGUGAAUAAUUAUAAUUAGUGAUUAAAAACUCUUUGGAACAAAGACCAUGUGCUCCGAGAUGUGGUUCAUGAGCAUCGUCGCGUUACUGGUGGUGGAUGUCAGGACCGGAGCCUUACAGGAUCGAGAUAUGGUGCCCGCCGUGUGCUACGCGUGCUCGCGCGCUAACGGCACGGGCUGCGAGCAGGCCGGCAGCUGGCAGGCCGUCACGUGCCCUGCAGACCGACCACUCUGUGCCACCGUCGCCAUAGCCCCUGAUUUCGGAUCAUCGCUCGGCUGUGCCGCGGCCUCGCAGACGCCGUGUACCUUAACGAACUCUUCCAGCAACUCGUUCCAGCUGACGUGUGUGUGCAGCACACACCUCUGCAAUGCGCCGUACUCCUCCGAACUGAGAGAUGAGCUUCUGAAUUAUACAUUUACCUUAAGUAAUAGCACGAACGUGGCGUUCAACUUCUUUCAAUCGACCAAGUUUAAGAAUAUUACGGAAGAGAAUCUGUACAAAGCAAUUACUAUUGAGUUGAAUAAAGCGACGACAACUGAGCAGAAAAGUACGUCUCCGUUGACUACGGUGUCUGUCCCUGCGACGAUGAAUGCGAAUUCUAUUAUUCAUAUUGAUGUUGAGCUGCCGAGGGCUGAAGCUUUAAAGCAGGAGCCGACUGUGCCGUCUGAUGAUGAUGAAGAUGAGGGCGAGGGGAGCGGGGCCUACGAGGAGUCGCGCGUCCACAACCACGCAGUGUCCGCGCCCGCGGCACCCAGCUCCUACCUACCUGCUGACGAGAAUAGCGCCGCUCUCCUCUACAAAGACUUGCUCAUCAUCACAUUACCCCUCUACUUCCUAGUCUAAAACCUAAGUACCCUAGGAAUACCCAAUUUUCUCAAUUAAGUACAAUAAUAUUAAGAGAGUAAUUUAUUAAUUAUACCCAGAGAAUUUACCUGAUUAGCGUUGACCUGUUGGGAACAAAUACGUACGUUUUGUAAUAUCGCAUAUAUUAAUGCCUUUUUGAUUUAAAACGUUUGAUCAUUUUAGUAAGUACAUGAUACCUGGUGAAGGUUUAAGUGCCAUUAAUAAUUUACUUUGUGAUUCCAAUUCGUAUAUAAGUCAUCUUUUAGAAGAUGCUAAAUAGAAUAUUAAUUCUAGUGACAUCCAUAACAUAAUUUGUACUUUAAUCUAUGAUUUGAUUUAUAACGUAGAGUGUUAUUGUUCUGUGGACUGACGUCACAUUAUUUCACGUAAAUUAAGAUUUAAACCCACGUGCCAAACGUAAUAUUAUAAAUACUAAUGAGAUUAUUCGAUAGAGUUUCGUGUUCAACAAAUUAGAAUCGAUUACGUAAUCUUUUAAACAAUCACAAAAUAUUUCCGUAGUAUAAACAUUGAAUAAAAACUCCACACUUAUCAACAUAGAUGUAUAUCGAAUAAGGAUUUGAUUUCACGGAUUUAGACGUAGAUAUAAACACAUUAUAUACUUGCAAAAUGUUUGCUAUGACUGGUUUUCGCUAGUCGACUUUUGGUAUACUAAAUACUUAAUAGAAUAAAAUUUUAUUAUAGUGUUGAAGAAUUUAUAAAAGGAUAUCGAAAAUCGAUUCGUGGAAACUUAUUUGUAGGCAGAUGUAUUAUACAAUAGAUACCCGAGCAAGAAGGAUUCUGCUCAUCUGUACCUAUACCUAGAUAUAGCGUCAAUUAACACCACCAUCGAUCUAUUGAUUUAAAAAUGUUGAUGUGAUUUAAUAUUAAAUAAAUAAUUGAAAAUAGAA